AAAUAUCGAGAGCAGCUUUACUUGGCUGCUAUACUUGUGCGGUUGUGUUAGCUAUUGCAUACAUAUCAUAAUACUGAGGAAUCUAAGUCCCUAGACAAAUGUUUACCGGGAUAUAUGUGACAUUUAGCGGACAUGCAUAGAUUAUUCGGUUACUUGUUUCUGGUGGCUAUCAUUUUCAUACCUCUCUUUUCUGCAAAAGAUGUUAACAAAAAAAGAGUAAAACAUUGCUGUACUGAAAGGAACACCAGUUAUUCCUGUGAGUUUCUCGAACUAUCUUGUCCAUCUGGUUAUGUGAUCUACAAACCAGAUGUGUAUCCCUCCAGUCUAUCGUGUAGGAAUGGACACAUCUGUCACGGGGUGGAAAUACCCUACACAGAUUUGCGGGUCGAUAUUCUGAAUUGCCACUGGAAAAACAAAUGUCUUAUAGAUCCGUCGUCAAUUCGGAGAUCAUUUCAGUUUGUUUUAGAAAAUAAAUGCUCCUCCAGGAAAUGGCGGAACAUUCUUGUCAAAGACUGGAAAUGUGUCCAGAAAGCAGCCAUUACAGAUAUAUGUUCUGAGAACAAGAUGCAUUCAAUUAACAUACAGCAUCGCUUGAACAAACCAUCUGGGGUAGUCAGGAGUCACGAACGUUUCCCUUGGGAUUAUGACAAGGACAUUUUUCUCAUUAAAAAUAGCCUUUAUGCACCAAAGUGUACAGUGACAUUUAAUGGAUUUAUGCUCACGCAUAAGGACUUCAGCCGAAUCGCUAUCUACGUGGAAUCCUUAGACAUUGGCGACGAUUACAACUCUGCAUACAUUCAAGAGGAAGAAUUGAUGCAUGAUAAGACUUAUACCUAUGACUUCGCAGACGGACCUGUCAACAUAACGUUUGGGUUAACGUUAACAGACGGGGAGAUCAAAGGUGGUUCUGGAUUUAUAAUAUACUACAAAUUCCUCAAGGUUGGUGAAACUAGUUCAUCUGUGAAGGAAUUAGACGAUGUCAUUAAGACAAAGCAGGGAAUUCGUGCGACAUGUAUUCACAAUCACCAGUACUUUUGUCCAUUUCGCAAAAUGUGUGACAAAAAGAAAUCAAAGCUAUUCGUGCCGUCAGACGAUACAAAUAACUUCUGUACGUACCUUUCCAUUAGGAAACCGGGGAGACCCAGACACUGUUUGACAAGAGAGAGAUAUAAAGCAUGUAAGGUACCCAAGGCGCCUUUCAAGAAGAGGAAGUGGUCCAUGAUUAUAAACGGAAACUUAACAGAAAAUGCCUUCACAUGCAAAUGGAUGCUUAAGUCUAAACGCCAAACGUGGAACGUUACCUUUGUGUCUAACAGUAUCGACGGACAAUUUGACAACCUUACAGUGAAACACUACCAUUGUGGGCGUCCUAAUCCAAAGCAUCACACAGUAUUAGUUCCUCGGACUAUUCCGUACACUUUAGACGAAGGUGAUGUACUCACAGUGGAGUAUUCGAGGUUAACCAACUUACUAACGGAACCUUACACCUGGUCGCCACCACAUUCUGAUUUCAAAAUGAUCUUUGAACGAACAAGAAAAAGGAAACGGGAAGCAUGAAACAUCAGGAAAAAUACCACUUAAUUAUGUGAAAUAUAGUUACGCUUGUCCUUAUGAGUGACUUGACUGAUAUCACCAAAUGUGAUUUCGAUAUUAAUACGGGACACACACAUGUAGACAGGUAAAUAUGUAAAUCGCGAUUUGAGAAGGAAGGAGUUCGUAUAUAUAUAUCUUGUAAUGUAAAUUACGGACAAGAUAAAACCAAGCCUUAUCAUUUUUUCCGCCGGACGCAUUGUUGUCAGGAGACCAAUCAGAAUACUAAAGUUAACAAAGCUAGAGACAUAUAUUGGUCCAGUUCAUUGGUUGUUACAAUACAAUCACUCUAAAAAUGCUGCCACAUAAGUCUUUGUCAGUUCAGCCAGUGUCCGCUGUAUAUAUUUCGAAUUGCCUCCAGAAAUGCAACUUACAGUAUAAUGCUGUGAUAGAUCUCACUGAUUUAUUUGACAUUAUAAUAUCAUUAUACUUUUCCUGGCAUGUAGGAAAUUCUUGUUUUUGUUUCUCCAAAAGUUCUAUUUUAAUUUGUCACUAACAUGAUUUAUUUCUGUUUUCGUUCUUUUUUUUAACGAAUAUGUAUUUUGAGUUUUUGAAACCAGUUUGCUUUCAUCUCUUCACUGGCUAGUUUUGAAGCUCAGUUUUCUCCAAAGAUGUUGCAAACAUAAAUGUACAUGUAUAAGAAACAUCAAAAUUGAGAAUGGUUGUCGAUAUUAAAAUGACUGAAGUGUCCAGGGAGAUCUAAAAUAAUAUCUAUCAAUAUGGGUUCGAAAAUUACUUCCUAAUAAUCCACAAUCUCAAUUAUCAAUAGAUCAAAACAACAUCUAGAAAAAAGGUGGCGUCCGAAAAAGCUACAAAAAAGCCACUAUUCACUGCCACCUAUACUAACAAAUGUAAAAACGUCCAGAAUGACAUAUCUGAAUAAAAGCUCACAUAAAUAAUACAUCUUUAAUUCGCUUUGAAUACACAUAUAAAGUAUAGAUCAAACAGUAUCACUUAACAUAAAGAAAACAUGGAAGAUUAUUCCUAAUAGGUCCGUAACAACUGACAAUACUACCACAAAACAAAACUGCAUUCUAACUCAAAAUCAGUAAAGCGAGUGGGAACCUUAAAAUAUGCGCAGACAUACUUGAAAAGGCAUCUGAAGAAAAGGAGUAGGUAUUCCCAAAGGAUGAGCGUCUUCAUGGACGACAAUCGCCAUACAAAUGUACAAUAUAUUCUCUUCUUUCGUCCACUAUAAUCAUUCUCCUUAUUCUGCGUAUAUCUGUAUGUUGUUAUCAUUAAAAGGAAAAUAUCUCGAUCAGUCUGUAUAUGUUUUCCUAUUACCGUUGUAAUUUUGGCGCAAAAUAUGAAUUACAUAUGUACAUAUUGUAACUAGCAUAAUGGGAAAACAUCAUUAAACACAACUAUAUAAGAUACAUUACACAUUAGAAUAUUUUAUAAACCCUUAAAACAGCAGAUGCCUAAUACGCACUUAUUCUAUAUACCGAUAAAUCAGUUGAAAACUUACACACACUUAUUUUAUACCAUAAAAUCAAAAGAGAUAUAGCCCAGACUUAUUUCAUAUACUAAAGAUCAGUUGAUGACUACCAGGUACUUAGUGUGCAUAGUAUUUGAUAAGUGGAGGAGAAACAGAAGGUUAUCGAUAUUUAAAUGACGGCCACCAUAGCAUCAUUAAAUUGUUGACAUAAACGCCAAUUUGCAUUGUUAUGUGCAAGCUAUUAGAGUUCUAAAAUAAAAUAUGCCUCAAGUGUAAUUGUCGAUUCAGAUAUAAUAACAAACGACACAUCGCAAAUGUGAAUAAAGAAUACCACCCUCAAAGACGGUGGCUACAUGUAUGUAUUUAACCGUUAAGAAACGACAAAGGAUUUUAAUGUCUCCGACACAAGGGACAUAACUCUUACUAUCAUGCAUAAGAUUAAAUCAAUGCUCAUGAAUUGUUCAUUACCUAGAGAAUGUAAAAUUUCACUACAGCUUCCAGGCCGUAUUAGAUCACACUUAUGCCGAUUUCCUGGUGAACGUAUAGCCCGUGAUACUAAAUCCGUCAUUUUAACAGUUUAAUAUUUCACCAGUCGUAUAGUCCAGGAAGACAAACUGUUCAACAGGAAAUGUAUUCACCAGUGAAUAUGAUACAGUUAUAUUACAUUUUUCUAGCGUGGAAACGACUUAUACUUAUUAAUAAUAUAUCGUUUAUUAAAUGUCAUUUCGUUAAGGAGAUCGCCUCUUGUCAAGAAAAUAACUUGUACAUUAUAUUCGUUUGUGGUCUUCCAUACAAUCCUCAUAUAAGAAAUACACUUAUAAUGGGCGAUUAACACACUCUACAAGUUAGUAUCACCUACGCUAGCGAUAAACUUAUCUGACUGAGCAGUAAGUUCACCUAUUGUUUCCUUUUUUUGUCUGGUAUUUUCCUUUUUAUAUUUGCUGUAAAGUGCAGGUGAAUAGAAAUGUUAUUUAUUGAAUACAGAUAUAUCUCGAGACAAACUA